AUGUUCAAAUAUCUGCUUUACAUCGCCCUUGUCAGCUUCGUCUGUGCCGACAACAUCAACAAGGACGCACAGAUACGCAGCUUCCAGAACGAGGCCUCCGAUGCGGAAGGUAACUAUCAGUUCGCCUACGAGACCAGCAAUGGCAUUCAGUACCAGGAGGCCGGCAAUCCUGCGGGUGUGCGUGGCGCCCUCAGCUAUGUCUCGCCCGAAGGUGAACAAAUCUCUCUGAGCUACACUGCCGACGAGGAGGGCUACCAUCCAGUGGGCGAUCACCUGCCCAAACCUCCACCAGUGCCGGCCUAUGUACUCCGCGCCCUCGAAUACAUUCGCACACAUCCGCCCGCACAGAAGGACCAGCAAUAA